AGUCGUUCCUUAAAAUCUUGGGUAAUUGAUCAAACAACAUAAUAAAAAAAAAUUAAGGCUAAAUGGAUCUUAUGUAAAGUACUAAUGGAAUUAGUAAAUUAAACACAAAUUUAUUGAAGAUUCGGUAUCUAUUUUAAACGGAGAAGCAAUAAAAGGUGGAAAAUUUUUCGUUCAAUUUUCUUUGCUUUCCUAAUCUUCUAACAACACAGACGAACGCCUGUGGUUGGUUUAACUAAGCUUAAAUUCUUUUAAUAAAAAAAGGGCAGGUUCCCGCGUGAUUUCGUGUUUAAAUUUAAUGGUCCAUUGCAUCGGUACGUGGAAGAUAAAAAGAAGGAAAAUAAACAAAAGGAUAACGGAAGACAAAAAAUACAUUUUCACGUCGGCGACUUUCGCAAGAAGGACCUUCACCCUUGAAGUAAUUGGUGUGCAAAGUGUCCUUUCCUUUAAAUUAAGGAAUCGACAGUUUUUUUCAAUCGAUUUUAAACUCGACAUUUUUCUUUUUCUUUCUCUUCUAAUGACGAACUUUAAAAAUUCGACGUUGUAGGUUGUAGGUGCCCGUCGUUUUUGACGUUGGAAUUUUCGAACUAUAAAUUUUGCAAAUCAUGAAAUUACGGCUUCAUUGUUAAUGAUUGACUGAUGUUAGUAAGCAAUCGACCGCGUAUUUCCAAUCUUUGGACCACGAUUCUCGAAACAUGCGUAAUGUUUCUUCGACGUGCUGACAAAGUACAAGUUAAUUAAGAAUAUGCAAAACUUUUUCAUGACGACAGAAUAAAACUAUUUAUACGCGGAAGAGUGAACAGGAGAUUGUAACUAAUAAAUUCAGAUGGGAUAGCUGGAGAACUUCAGAUAUGUACAAUUGCUGUAACGUAUUAGAACUGAUAAAUCGGUAGCCAUCUUCUAAUAGUAGGUCAACUGUCCUAACCAAUAUUAUGAUUGCGAAUGUGAAUUUGUUUGCUUGUUACCAUUUCACACCUUAAGUACUCAACCAAUCAUCAUAAAAUUUUGUAUACACAUUGCCAAGGGUACAGGAAAGGACAUAGGGUACCUUUUGUCCAGAAAAGAAAAUUCUAUUUUUGAGAGAUACAGAAAUUAAUUAGCGAUGUUUGCAAAGAUCUUUGUCACAGUGGUGGUUCUACUGAUGUGCGCGGAUACGUCGUCCUGCGCUUCGAAGUCCGAGGACCAGCGGAAGGAUCAAUACGCGGCACCUAGCAAAGAUACAACAAGCACCACCACCACCAGGACGACGAAGACGAGCAUGUCGGACGAUAAAAGCGAGAUCAAGCCUCUGGAGACGAUGUACGGUGACCAACCGCCCCGAGUACCAUUGCGCCAUCACCGCGCCGGAAGUAAGGGUUCGAUUAAGAAACUGCGCAGCAGGAAUUAUGAAUCGCUGUGGCAAGAUCCUACCGAAUCGCUCCCACCGGCCUACUUUUAUUCCUCGUGGACUCCGGCUACGUACACCUUAAACAGACCUUACUACAUCCCGGCUUGGGGUCCCGUAGGUGGCGUGCCGAUAUAUUUUCCUCCUCAGCCGUUGUUGGUUAAUCCCGGCUAUCCGCCGAUUAAUCCUCCUCAACCUAACAGAGAAUAUCUCCCCCCGUACGAAAAUCCUCCCGCUCCAACCACUGCGCCACCAUCGGCUCCCGAUUUCGAAAUUUCUAACAAAUUCGGAGACGGCGACGAUGCUCCUGUGUGGGAUCUUGCUGAUACUCCGCCGCAAAUAAAUAGGAAACCCUCUGGAGGAAGCAGGAUACCUACAAGAAGACCGCGACCCCCCAAUCCUCCCACGAGUACUUUCCCAUCUGUUGUGCACCGACCUACCACCGAAGAAGCCAAUGGGAUAAACAGUUUAUCGGCGUCGAAAGAGAAUGAAAAAAACAAGUCGGAUGCUGGGUAUUCUGUUGCUGGAUCGCCUCCGGCUACCAACGCUCCUGGUAGGUGCGUCUGGGCGAUUAUCUCUUGUUGUUCAGGUGCUUCUCAAGACGUGACGAACGUCUGUUUCGAACAGUUGGGGUGUUCGGGACCGUUCUGGGACAAGAGCCCCUGUGACAGUGAGUUUGCCAAAGCCGCCAUCAAUGCCGCGCUCGAGUUCUAUAAAACGGGUAAAUGAAGUGCGUCCUACAGGUACGAAUUGAUUGGUGAAGUGUUGCUCUUUUUUUUGAACAAAUUAAAAAUGGACUGCGUGGUGCUCGGACAGGUAAAAAUGAUAGAAAUUGUGGUAGCAUUUUGAGAAUCAAACUUCCUAAAAAGUUCUUCGUGUGAUGAUCUAAUUUAAUUUAUUUAUGUUCUAUAUAAGUAUAAUUAUAGGUUACGAUAAGUGUGCUAAAUUAAUUAUCCCGGUGAUAAUAAUUAUUAUUUGUGAAAUGUAAACUAGGACUAACUUAAGACUGUAUAUAUAUAAAUAAAUAUUUAAUUGAUUAAUUUUUACGAAUUGGCCUCCGUGUAAAUUUAAGAAUGUAUGUUCUAAAUGUAAUUAAUUAAAGAAAAUGCUAAAUUGUGCUAUUAA